CUAGCAUGCUGUCAGCAGCACCGUAUUUGUAUGCACCAUGCUUAAUAAUGUAAACAUUAGAAUUGGUUAGAAUAUAGACGUGAAUAAAUAUAGCAAUGACUUUGUUUAAUGUAGGAAACAAAUUUCCACAAAAAUUUCAUUUGCUACUUUCUGAGAAAGAUACUAAAUUAUAUGAAAGAAAAAUAAAGAUUUUCAAAAAGAGUUUAUUGGAGUUCAAACUGUAAAAAUAAAAUUUUUGUAUAUUGCUAGAAAAAUGGGGGAGUUAUAUGUGUUUCUGCAUCUGACUCAACAAUAACAUUGACAACAAAAAAUCUGCACAAUAUUGGUAAAACUGAAACUUACGAUGUACAAUAUAUAAAUGAUUGCAUUCGAGAACAAAAGAUUUUGGAUAUUUCCGAUUAUGCUUUGAGCAAACACUUUUGUCAAGGAUGUGCUAUGUGUACUUUAUUAUAUGGAACCAAUAAGUGUAAAAGUGUGGAUUUACUUUGAGUUACUACAGUGGUCUACUUAAGAAGAAACAAUUUUAAUCAAGAAGUUUAUUUUAUUAAUAAAUUAAUAAAAAAAAUUGGACUUGAGAAUUGUCAGACAGAGGAGAGCGCAUUCAAGAUAUGUGAAAAGAGCAAGAGAAAUGGAUUCACUAACUGUUUUUGCAUUUUUUGGACUUAUUCACUGUCUUCUGUAUUUUAUCCAUACGAUUCUAACAUCGUAUUCUAUUAUCUACGUCAAUAAGUUGAAACAGUUACAACUUGGAAUUGAAUUUUUACGAGUGAAAUGGUUUACAUCAGCAUUUAACGAGUCAAUAAAAGUUUGUGCAAAAGCCAAAAAACAAUUUUGGCAUUUGUGGUUUGACGUUGGUGUUUGUGUAACUCUUUUAUUUCUUCCAGUAUCAAUUUAUAUUUUAACACAAAUGACAAUUAAUAUUUUCAAUAGUAAACAAAUUGAGAAUGAUGAUAAGGAAUCUCUUUCAUUGCAACUAAUGGUUCCUGGCUUUAAUAUUCCAAUAAAUGAUUUGGGAUAUUAUAUUUUCACAUUAUUUAUAUGCAGUACAUUUCAUGAGCUGGGUCAUGCCAUUGCUGCGAUCAGCGAAGAUGUGAGACUCUAUGGACUUGGAUUUUUUUUAGCUUUCAUAGUGCCCGUUGCUUACGUUCAAUUAUGUAAUGAUAAAUUGUUAUCGUCGUCAAAGCGCUCUCAAUUACGAAUCAUGUGCGCUGGAAUUUGGCACAAUUGUGUUCUAUCAGCAGUGGCACUAAUUCUACUCAGUUGGGGGACAUCUUUGUACAAACCAUUUUAUUUUACCGAAACUGGUGUUUCUGUGCGAAUGAUGACAACUAAUUCACCGUUAAUUGGAGUCACGGGUUUAACAGUGUCUGAUACAAUUUAUAAAAUUAAUGACUGUUCUGUAAAAAAUGACAAGGAUUGGAGUAAUUGUAUAUUGAGUUCGAUUCAAAAGCCUAAUCCUCAGUUUUGUGUUUCGAAGGGUAUGCUUCAAAAAUCUGUUAAUUAUGCGUAUUCAAAAUCAUCAGAUUGCUGUGAUGAUCAUUCAAAGCAACUUGGGCAUUUGUGUUUCGAUAAUUUGAGACACCUGAAAAAUGAUAAUUUAACUGAAUUUCGAUGCCUUCCGGCGCGUGCCAUUAUCACUAAAUCUAGUAAAUUUUGCUCAUCGAAUGAGGAGUGUGCGGAUAAUGAAAAUUGUCUAAAACCAUUGGUAGAAAAUGAUACUAAAAUUGUUCAAAUUAAGCGUAAAAACAAAUUGGAUGUUCUAUUUAUCGGCUAUCCAAUUGAUAUUUCUCGAACAGUACUUGUGUCCAAUUGGGUAUCAAAAUUUACAUUACUAUCGUCCGAAAUUCCAGAAACAUUGACUCUAAUUUAUAAAUAUAUUGUGAUGUUUUCUUCAGGAUUAGUUGUUAUUAAUUUGAUUCCGUGUUUUUACUUCGAUGGACAUUAUAUUGUAAAUGUUGUUGUUUACCUUACUUUUAAAUUUACUUUGGGCCAUCAAAAGUUUUACAGAAUUACAUGUUUAACGAUAAAAAUUAUUGGAACCUCAUUAUUAUUUGGUAAUAUUUUUUAUAUGAUUUUCAGUAAUUUUUUUUCCCCUCUUUAUUUUAAUGUUUCUCGUUAGUGUAAUUAUUUAAUGAAUAACAUUUAAGAAAAUCAAUUUCAUAUCAAGCAAUAAAAAAUGAGGUGAUUAUUUUCUAAUGUAUCUUAAAGAAUGAAGAAAAAUCAGAAAUAAAAGUAUUUUUCAGAAUUUA